AUGGGAUAUACUGUGCGGUGGCCAAAAGAAAUGAGAUCGAACCCUAACAGAAGAAAUCUAGAUUUGUGGUGCGAGUUUCAUAAUGACCACAGCCAUAAAAUAGCAGAUUGCAGAUUGUUACAAGGUGAGGUAGAGCAUUUGUUAAAACAAGGUUAUUUAACUGACUUGUUCAGUGAGAAAGGUAAGCAAUCAUAUAUGAAGAAUAGACAAGAGCCUCCAAAACCUUCAUCACCAAAAAGGACAGUUAAUGUGAUAAACGAGGGAGAAGAGGUCAAUGGUGUGAUGUAUACAGCUGCAAAAAAGACAUCAAAAGUCAUGGUUACGCAUGGGAAGCGAGUUCGCCAAGUUUUGGAAAAAGAUAGUAUAAUGUUUGAUGAUGUAGAUGCAGAUGGCGUGAUAAUCCCUCACAACGAUGCAGUGGUAGCUCCUUAA